UCUUUACUGAUCCUCUACCUAAACACAGUGUCUGGCUGUGAACGGUUUGGUCGGUUUGAUAUGCCAAGUUUGUUCAAGCGGGGGGAAAUAAUGAUUGGAGGAAUUUUCCCUGUUUUCAACAAAGAGAUUGGCAGCAUUUAUACGUUUGAAAGUGAACCACCAGGGGCAAAGUGUGCACGUUUUGACCUCCGAGCUUUUCGAUGGACCCAAGUGAUGAUAUUUGCAAUAGAAGAAAUCAACAAAGACCACACAAUCCUGCCAGAUAUAACUCUUGGCUACAGGAUCCUGAACUCAUGUUCAUCUCCCACAAAUACUUUACGUGCAGCACUGACACUGGCAAGUGGGCAAGAGGAGAACAAUUCAACAUUAUCGUGUUCUCCAGCAAUAUCAGCCCUCAUAGCAGAGGCAGGAUCAUCUCAGUCCUUAGCUGUGGCUGGAAUUCUUGGACCAUUUCAAGUUCCAGUUGUAAGUUACUUCUCAACAUGCGCCUGCUUGAGUAACAGAGUUAAAUACCCUACAUUUUUUCGAACAAUCCCCAGCGACUACUUCCAGGCAAAAGCUCUGGCAGCGCUGGUCAAACGUUUUGGCUGGCAGUGGAUUGGCACUAUACAGUCUGACAGUGAUUAUGGCCGGAAUGGGAUCCUGGCUUUCACAGAAGAGGUUAAGAAGCUUGGGAUUUGUGUUGCAUUUGUUGGAACAGUUCACCGUACAUACACUGUAGAUAAAAUCCUGAAGGUUGUGGAAAUGAUCAAGCACUCAACGGUCAAAGUCAUUUUGGCUUUUGUUCCUGAGGGCGACAUUUAUCCACUGAUGAAAGAAGUAGUGAAACAGAACAUUACUGGAAUUCAGUGGAUUGGUAGUGAGGCAUGGAUAACAGCAACACAGCCCUCCACACCUGAAAUAUAUCAAGCUUUUGGUGGAGCUCUAGGAUUUGUGAUGCAGAAGAUGGCGAUACCAACUCUAAAACCAUUUCUCACAAACAUUAACCCGAAUACAGAUCUAAGUGCGGCCUUUGUCAGGACGUUCUGGGAGAUUAUGGUGGGAUGUAAACCUGCUUUACGCAGUGAAAACACAGGUGCUGAUGUGGCAAAUGACAUGUGCACAGGCAACGAGACAUUAUUGUAUUCCCAGGAUGCAUUCUUUAAUGUCACACAGCUCAGAGUGUCAUAUAAUGUGUACAAGGCAGUCUAUGCCAUUGCACAUGCCCUACAUGAACUGGUAUUCUGCCAACCAGCUGGAGGAGAAGCAGUGAGGCAAUGUUUGAACAUAUCAGAAAUUCAAUCCAAGCAGGUCACUGCUCAGCUACAAAGGGUACGUUUCCAAAAUAAAUUUGGAGAUUUGGUGUUCUUUGAUGAGAACGGCAACCCUCCUGCUUCUUAUGACAUUAUUAACUGGCAGCUGAGAGAUGGUCAGGUCCAACAUGUGACACUGGGCAAUUUUGCUUCUUCUGCUAAUGGUGAUUAUAAGCUAAGCAUUCGGGAGGAAGAGAUUGUGUGGAGAACAGGAAAACUGGUUCCCUCAUCAGUAUGCUCUAUUGUUUGUCCAGUAGGAACCAGGAAAGCUCAAAUUAAAGGAAAGCCUCUCUGCUGCUUUGACUGUAUUCCUUGUGCAGAUGGAACUAUUGCCAACUCAACGGGUAAAGGGGAAAAUGGACAGAUCUACACAAAAUACACAUUUUUAGUGUUUGCUUAUAUUUUACAUUUAAAAAAGCUUUGAUAUGCAUGCAUCACAUAGAUUGUUUUGCUUCAAAAUGUAAAUGAUUUUCUCCUACAAAAGAAUGAUCUUUUUCAUCUUUUGCACACACAAAUUGAGUCUUUUUAAUGAGGUCAGGUGACAUACACAAGCACAAACAGGAGCUGUUGUGUGCCCACACUUAAAUGAAAGAGUCUCAACUUUCUUGGAAUCUAGUGAUAUUUUCAUACAUGGGCCAAAGAAGUAGGUCAAUCUGGUAUUUGUUGACCCAAAA